AUUUUGGCGGUUGGUGUGCUUCGCUGGAAGUACUAAACGGGUGGUCCCAACCAACAGUGUCAAUGCCCCUCUUGGCUCUUUGUCCUCCAUCUAUAGCAAAACAUAACACCCCAUCAUGUCAGCUCCGAUCGCUUUGGCCCCACACCAAAUCUCUCUCUCUCUUUCUGUGGGAAGGCAAACGGAUCACCCAUUGAGCAGAAGGCCAAGAGGUUAGAGGAGGAGGCGAGAAAAUUCGCUCCAUCGCAGUCAUGGCGAGAAGGGGUGGACCUCUGCCAAAGUUUGGUGAAUGGGAUGUCAACAACCCAGCCUCAGCCGAGGGAUUCACUGUAAUCUUCAACAAGGCUCGAAAUGAGAAAAAGACAGGUGGCAAGGUUGACUCACCACCAAAGGAUGAAUCAAAAUAUAAGCACGGAUCUGUUCUUGGGAAACCUCAUCCUCAGAAAAAAUGGUUUUGUUGCAUACAAUCUGCUUAUGCAGAAUCAUGAGGCUUCUUUUACCUCAUAAUAACUUGAACAGGAAGACAUCGACUUUUUGUACUGAGCCCAUAAUACAUUCUAGAAGACUGGAGCUGUAUCAGGAGCUAUGAUGGAUCCUAACUGGAAUCUUUCAGUGAAGAACGGUGUUGUAUUAUGUUGAGUAUGCUGGCCAAUUGUUAUCGGUGUGAUGCUUCACUCCUUUAUUGAAAUUCAAUGACUCGAUACUAUUACAAUUUUAUUUUAUUUGAGUGGAUUUGGUUUUAU